AAAAGAAAAAAAAGACAAAAAAUAAUGGACCGGAGGAGACAGGGAGGAGAGGGACCUAAAAGCUUAUCUCGAAGCCAGCCAAACACGAAUCUUCUCACACCUUCGUCGUUUCUAAUUUACCGUUUAGCUGUCCGAAGAAUAUCCCAGAGGUAAUGGGUUAUUCUUGUUAGAUCUUCGUUUUCUGCAUCUGGUUGUUCUUACGAUAAACUUCGCUGUCUUUCUUGAUUAUUAAUUCCGUUGAUUUUAUGUCUUUCCCUUAAUUAUUCUUGUUAUUUAUUGUUUGUUUGAGAAAAGAAAUCAAUUUAUCCAAGUUGAGAGCUGUUAUUAAUAAAUGGAUAACAAGAAGCAGCAUAUUGCAAUUUUUACAACGGCCAGUCUUCCAUGGAUGACUGGAACUGCCGUAAAUCCUCUGUUUCGUGCUGCGUUUCUUGCGAAAGAUGGGAGUAGAAAGGUCACUUUGGUGAUUCCGUGGUUGUCCUUGCAGCAUCAGAAAUUAGUCUACCCCGAUAAUAUCACCUUCACUUCACCUUCUGAGCAACAAGUGUAUGUCCGUCAUUGGCUUCAGGAGAGGAUUUCAUUCUCACCUACUUUUAGCAUACAAUUCUACCCCGCCAAGUUUGCUGUAGAUAAAAGAAGCAUUCUUUCUGUAGGAGAUAUCUCUGAAGUCAUACCGGAUGAAGAUGCUGAUGUUGCGGUCCUUGAGGAACCUGAGCAUCUCACGUGGUUUCAUCAUGGGAAGAGAUGGAAAACUAAAUUCCGCCUUGUCAUAGGAAUUAUACACACCAAUUAUCUGGAAUAUAUCAAGAGAGAGAAGAAUGGACGGGUUAAAGCAUUGGUUGUUAAAUAUAUUAAUAGUUGGGUUGUUGAUAUCUACUGCCACAAGGUAAUUAGAUUGUCUGCUGCUACCCAGGAUUAUCCUAAUUCCAUAAUCUGCAAUGUUCAUGGAGUGAAUCCUAAGUUCCUUGAGAUUGGCAAGAAAAAGAUAGAGCUACAACAAAGUGGGAAUGGGAAUCAGGCCUUCACUAAAGGUGCUUACUACAUUGGAAAAAUGGUGUGGAGCAAAGGCUACAAGGAGCUUCUUAAACUUCUUCGAGAUAAUCAAAAAGAGCUAACUGGGCUUGAGGUGGAUUUAUAUGGCAGUGGAGAAGACUCCGACCAAGUCCAGGCAGCUGCAAAAAAAUUGGAUCUGGUAGUCAGAGUAUAUCCUGGGCGUGAUCAUGCAGAUCCUGUAUUCCACGAUUAUAAAGUGUUCCUGAAUCCAAGCACCACAGAUGUCGUUUGCACGACGACAGCAGAAGCAUUGGCAAUGGGAAAGAUUGUUGUAUGUGCUAAUCACCCAUCGAAUGAAUUCUUCAAGCAGUUUGUAAACUGCUGGACUUAUGAUAACAGCAAAGGAUUUGUCGAGGCCACAAGCAGGGCUUUAACUGAAGAACCUGCUGAGCUGACUGGUGCAGAGAGGCAUGAACUGUCAUGGGAGGCUGCAACAGAACGGUUUCUGAAGGUUGCUGAUCUGGACCAGGUAUUUGCAAGGAAACCAGAAAAAAGUCUUUUAAAGAACUUUGCUUCCAUAUCUUUAAAUACACGAAUGGAGGAUGUAUCAGCAUAUCUGCACUAUGUGGCUCUUGGUUCUGAAACAUCAAGAAGAGCUUUCGGUGCAAUUCCAGGGAGUCUGCAACCAGACGAAGAGCUAUGUAAGGAGCUUGGGCUGGCUAUUCCCGCUGCCACCCAAGGAUCAAAAGAUCCUGUUAACACCUCAUGAAAUGCAUCCUAGCGUUUGAUUUGAUGACCUGGAUGAUUUAUUAUAGUCUGUAACAUCUUUUGAACUGUAAACAUGCAUUCUCAUUCCCAGUUGCAAUUGUUCUCAUGAAGUCUUGAAUGGGCGAUGGGCGAUAUGUGCUAUGACUGCCAGUCUGUUCAUCACAAUAUUGCCAAAUUUGAGUGUUUUAAAGUGCUGCCUUUAUUUAAAACCUGCUUGCUUUCAUGUUUUAAAA